ACCUGGUGCCCGCUACCCAGCCUGAUGGCCCGAUCCAGCCUGAUGGCCCGAUCCAGCCUGAUGACCCGAUCCAGCCUCAUGACCCGAUCCAGCCUGUGACCCGUCGUGCCAGUUGACUUGGUGCCCGCUGUCAAGCUUGGUGACUCGGUGACCACUGUUCUGCCAGAUGACUCGGAGCCCGCUGUCGUGCCAGUUGAUUCGGAGCCCGCUGUCGUGCCAGUUGACCCGGUGCCCGCUGUCGUGCCAGUUGACUCGGUGCUUGCUGUCGAGCUUGGUGACUCGGUGCCCGCUGUUCUGCCAGUUGAUCCGGUGCCCACUGUCGUGCCAGUUGACCCGGUGCCUGCUGUCGUGCCAGUUGACUCGGUGCCCGCUGUCGAGCUUGGUGACUCGGUGUCCACUGUUCUGCCAGAUGACUCGGUGCCCGCUGUCGUGCCAGAUGACUUGGUGCCCACUGUCGAGCUUGAUGCCUCGGUGCCUGCUGCUUCGCCUGAUGGUCCGGUGCCUGCUGUGCCUGCCUGAUGCUCCUCCUGAUGUGCAGCUC